CCCCCAGAUUUUACUUUCUUCAUUCAUUCCAUCAAGCAAUACAGAAAAAAAACACCUUAAUUACCGGAGGCAAUUCAAACAUGAAGGUUCAUCAGAUGACGCGCGGUGGCUCCGUGUUUGAACACGAUGUCCCUUCACUAUCCCUUGGCUGCAAGCGCUUCCGUCCUCUGGCUCCCAAGCUCUCCCCCUCCGACGCCUUUGAUCACAAGAACUUUGUUAGACCUGAAAGCAGCAGCAGCAGCCCUCUUGGAUCGCCUCAUGAAGAGUGCAAGAGAGACGCCGGCGCACUUCAUCUGAUGAGGACGGCGGCGGCACUGGAUACGCAUCACGGUGGGACUAGAUGGAACCCGACACAAGAACAGAUAGGCAUCCUGGAGAUGCUAUACAGAGGGGGGAUGAGAACUCCUAACGCGCAACAAAUUGAGCAAAUCACCGCACAGCUAGGGCGGUACGGGAAGAUCGAGGGCAAAAACGUCUUUUACUGGUUUCAAAACCACAAAGCUCGAGAGAGGCAGAAGCAGAAGCGGAGCAGUCUCGGGGUGAACCACAGCCCGAGAACACCACCGCCAUCCCUGCAGCCCCUUUCCGCCUCUGCUCCCUUACUAUUACCGUUCGACCCAUGGGGAGAAAAUAGUCCAUGCAAGAGAAAAUGGACAUUUGAGAGCUUGGAGGUGGAGAAUAGUUCAUGGGGAAGAGAAGAAGGGGAUGAGACUUUAGAGCUCUUUCCAUUGCACCCUGAGCUAGGUAGAUGAUGAAGAUUGAUGAAUUAUUGUACGUGUAUUGUUGUUUGAGAAAGGCCCGGCCCCGCCCGGCUUCCGCAAGGCCACCUUAAUUAGCUUCAAUAAUAGUAAUAAAAAUGAUUUCUGACUCAAAAUUCUUGAUCGAGUAUGUAGCUAAGCCUGAGAUGCAGUGCGGUGGUUGAUUAAUUUACAAAUUUGCUCUUUCUCGUUAGGGGAUGUUCUUAUCAAGGCUGAAUAUGAGAAAUAACAUUCAUUUUCUACUUUGGUUGAGAUUUACAUUCAAGAUAGAAGUGACAACAAGAAAUGAAGAGAUGGAGCUUAGAUGAAUAUAAGAGAAAGAUUUUA